AUGGGUCAGAUAGCACAACAAUUAGCCUCAAGUUCUCAAGCACAAUGUGCUCUACGAAGUGCAACUGUGACAAAUCCUAGAGAGAAUAAUAAUGUUAGUGUUGUGACAACGAGAAGUGGGAAAUCUCAUGAAGUCCUUGAGGAGAAAGCUGAAGAUGAAGAUCAACUGCUUGAAGUAGAUCUUGAAAUCAAAGAAAAUGAAGUUGUAAGGGAGGAAGUUGUUGCACCUAAACAAGUGGUGAAAGAAAAAUUCAUUGAGACAAAACCGGUCAUUAAGCUUUUAUUCCCCACAAGAAACAAGAGAAAAGGGCAACAUGAGAAAAAAUUUGAGAAAUUCUUAGAGUUGUUCAAGAAGCUAGAAAUCAACAUUCCACUUUUGGAAGCACUUGAGCAAAUGCCUACCAAUGCCAAGUUCAUGAAAGACAUCAUUUCUAAGAAGCGAACCAUAGACACAAACUCAAUUAUUCUAACCGAAACUUGUAGUGUUAUUUUCCAGGGUAUGAAAAUUCCAACGAAGAAGAAAGAUCGAGGUGAUGUCACCAUCCCAUGCACCAUUGGAAAUAGGUCAUUCAAAAAAGCUCUUAUUGAUUUAGGAGUCAGCGUGAGUCUCAUGCCUUUAUCCAUUUACGGGAAAUUGGGUAUCGAGGUUAUGCAAGACACCAGGAUGGCACUUCAAUUUUCCGAUCAUUCGGUCAAGAAACCUUAUGGGAUAGUUCGGAUGUGCUGA